AACAGAAUUUGGACACCUGGUUCUGUGCAGCCCCAUGUUAUAAUGCCAUCCUUGCCUAAUGAAGGAGAUAACCAAGGAACCUCUUGUCUGACUUUGAGUUCAGAACUGCCUUACCAAAGCACAAUUAAAAGAAAAGUCAGAAAGAAGAAAAAGAAUGGAAUCAUCACUGCGAACGUUGCUGGCACAAAAUAUGAAAUUGUUCGUUUAGUAAUAGAUGAGCUGGGGUUUGUGAAGACAAGAGAUGAAGAUGAGACUGCUAAUCUCAUAUGGAGUGAUUCUGCUGUGCAACAAGACAAGAUUGCUGAGCUCCGAAACUACCAGAGAAUCAACCAUUUUCCAGGAAUGGGAGAGAUCUGUAGGAAGGAUUUCUUAGCAAGAAACAUGACCAAAAUGAUCAAGUCUCAGCCUCAGGAGUAUAGUUUUAUUCCUCGAACAUGGAUCUUCCCUGCGGAAUAUAUGCAAUUUCAGAACUAUGUAAAGGAACUGAAGAAGAAGCGAAGACAGAAAACGUUUAUAGUCAAACCAGCUAAUGGUGCAAUGGGGCAUGGAAUCUCUCUGAUAAGAAAUGGAGAAAAACUACAAGCUCAGGAUCACUUGAUUGUUCAGGAAUACCUUGACAAACCAUUUCUUAUGGAAGGUUACAAGUUUGAUUUACGAGUGUAUAUUCUGGUAACAUCCUGUGAUCCAUUAAAAAUAUUUUUAUAUCAUGAUGGACUUGUGAGAAUGGGCACAGAGAAAUACCAUCCUCCCAGUGACUCUAAUUUGAGCCAGUUGUAUAUGCAUCUAACCAACUACUCUGUGAAUAAACAUAAUGAGCACUUUGAACGGGAUGAAACAGAAGAUAAAGGCAGUAAACGGUCCAUAAAAUGGUUUACUGAGUUUCUACAAACAAAUCACCUUGAUGUUUCCAAAUUCUGGAGUGAUAUUUCAGAACUAGUGGUGAAGACUCUCAUAGUAGCAGAGCCACAUGUCCUUCAUGCUUAUCGUAUGUGCAGACCAGGCCAAGCUCCCGGAAGUGACAGUGUCUGCUUUGAAGUACUGGGAUUUGAUAUCCUGCUGGACAGAAAACUAAAACCCUGGCUCCUGGAGAUUAAUCGAGCACCAAGCUUUGGAACUGACCAAAAAAUAGACUAUGAUGUAAAAAAAGGUGUUCUACUAAAUGCACUAAAGCUUCUCAAUAUAAGGACAAGUGAUAAAAGGAGAAACUUAGCCCAACAAAAAGCUGAGGCUCAAAAGAGACUUUAUGGUCAAGGGUCAAUGAAAAGACUGUCACCAGGAUCCUCUGACUGGGAAAAACAGCGCCACACGCUAGAGAGGAGAAGAGAAGAACUGAAAGAAAGACUUGUGCAAGUUCGUAAACAGAUUUCCAAAGAAGAGCAUGAAAACAAACACAUGGGGAACUACAGGCGAAUUUACCCUCCUGAUGAUAAGCUGUUACUUGAAAAAUAUGAGAGUUUGUUAGCCAUUGCUUUCCAGACGUUCCUUGCUGGGAGAGCAGCUUCACUUCAGCGGGAGCGGAAUAACCCUUUGAAAAGAAUGAAGGAGGAAGACAUUUUGGAUCUUCUGGAGCAAUGUGAACUAGAUGAUGAAAAACUGAUGGGAAAAUCCACCAGGCAACGAGGACCCAAGCCCCUGUCUUCUAUGCCAGAAAGUUCACAGACCUUAAAAAAACAGAGGAACUACAGUAGUGAGAGUAGCUGUGACAGCAGCAGCAACACAUCAGAAUGGGAGGAGGAAACUGAAAAGGAAGAUCACAAUGAGAAAAAAGAGAUGAAAGUGUCAUAUGAGCUUGAAGAAAACAAGUAUAAAUUAUUAGAGCGAUCCAGUCCUAUAAGGCGUUCUGUAAGCUGUCCCCGUUCAAUAUCAAUCUUCGCUAUGCAGUCACAAGCCGCUGAGCAACGUCCCUUUUCAGCCAAACCUGCAGUGCAAAUGCCACGUCCGUCGUCAAUGAAUAGGUCCCAUUCUUUAAAUCGUAAUUCAUCUUCAGUCAGAAUGUGUAAUACUGCUAGUCUGGGCACAGUACACUCUUCAGGGAGAACAAAAGAGCAAGAAGAGGCAUUGACAAGAGAGACACUGGUCAUUUUCAAUGAUAUGAGGAUCAAGUUCCCAGGAAAAACAGAUGAAGAGGCAGAAUUAAUUAUAGAAAAUAUUAUGGAUAAUUGGAAAUACCAUAAAACAAAUGUGGCUUCAUAUUGGCUGAUAAAACUGGACUCUGUUAAUCAACGAAAGGUUUUGGACAUAGUGAGGACAAGUGUUCGUGCUGUUCUGCAACGUGUCUGGAGGGUUUCUGACGUUGAAUGUUUACAUUUAUACCGUAUUUUUAACCGUGUGUUUAAUCGCUUACUCUGGAGCCAUGGCCAAGGCUUGUGGAACUGUUUCUGUAAUUCAGGAAGUUCUUGGGAGACCAUAUUCAGUAAAAGGACAGAGGUGGUGACUCCUGAACAACUCCAGUGUUGUCAACGAAUAGUACAGCUUUGUAAACACUGCCUGCUGGUGGCUUACAAAUAUUCAGCAGAUUCAAGAGGAUCUCUUACUGGAAUUAGCCCUGACUGGGAUGAUACAAGGUAUUUACUGCCAGGACCUUCACAGUUCAUCAUGAAAACAUCCUCCAACUUUAUCUGCACUUCAUCCGGAAUGCCUCGCUCUAACAUUUUGUUUACACCCAGGUAUAGCCACUUGUGAAACAAAGAGAAGGGUGCCAUGCUUGAUAAAUAAUGGCAUUCCAUUUUUCCAGUUUAAAUUUGUGAGGGAGCUGAAUAUAAGCACUGUUAUAUAUUUGCCACAGUACAUAAAAUAAAAUUUAGCUGAAAUCCUACUGUAAAAGCAGAGACUUUCUGGAAAUGUAAUAAACCUUGUUAAGUUGUUUACACAAAUAUGUGAAUGUCUAGAUCUUGCUAGGUUUAUAAGUAAUUCCUUCCUACUAGAAAUGUUAUUUUUGCUGCAAUAUAUAAAAUGGAAUUAAUCUUGGCGAUCCUAUUACAGUGUUAAAUUUAGGUACAAUAUCUUUUAACUUGAAAUAUAUUUAUUGUAAAUCAUACUGUUUAUUCUCUCCUAGAUGAUAAAAAGCCUGUUGUAGAACAGUAAUAGUAAUUAAAUA